GCGAGUGGUUGCGAAAUACAUACACUUCAGUUAGAUUGUGCGCACACGCGCAUUAGACAUAACCAAUAGUACGUCAUAACGUAUAAUAUAACAUCUCGUUAGCCGCAAUUCGUGAUAUCGGCGUCCUUGGUUCAAGUUCGUGUUGGUAGCGUUCCAAUGCACUCUCUGAACAGUAACUUACUAAGCGACAUCUUAAUGGAAGCAUCGUAAUUGGUAGCACGUGCUAUUUUCCGCAAAACGAUCGAAAUCAAUAUAAUAUUUAAUCAGCGACUUGGGUUCCCAACCGUUAUAAUAGGCAAUUAUACACAAUUUUGUUGACUCAGAAAAACAUUCCCCGCAUUUGUUGUCGGACAUUGAGCAGUUUAUAGUGUAUAUUGUCUCCAUCACUUUAGCAUUUUAAUUGUUUGAGAUACCGACAUCAGUAGCUCAGCGACUAGGUGCGCCUCUGAUUUGGAAGUUGUAGGUUAGAUUCUUCGUUGAAUCAAAUUUUUCAACUGGCACCGAUGAGCGGAAGGUUGCGAGUAGAGGAACCGCCUGUACUGACAUCGUUUUUCCUGUGGCUUCCCAUGUCACUCCUAUGUUCUCUAGCAGAGUGAAUACGGAUGUAGGAUCCACAGCUGCAUUCAUAGGUCGUCAAAACGAGAAACGUGAGAAGAAGGCGUCGCAAUCUGCGACAAAUGUGAUUUCACCACUGUGGAAAACACACGAGACUACGGUAACAUCGAAGAUAGCCGAACGAGCUUCGACGUCUCAUUGCGUAAUUCCGCGCAUAGCGAAGGCAAGCGGGAUAUCGCGGUCCGGUCCAUUUAUACACACGAUAGGUGUGACGCAAGGGAUUCUCUGUUGGAUUAUAUCAUGGUGGAAAUUUAUGGGCAGGAGAAAGACAGGAGUGGUCUCUCUUCUGAUUGAGAUAACAACCGCUUGUCUCUCAACCAAUGAUGACUAUAGACAUUUUAGACUUAAUUCGGUAAUUUUCUGUUUGGAAACCGAAAUCAAGUAUCGAGAAUUUUUUUUUCUAUUUUGAGGUGUCACUCUUGACAGGUGAAAAGCUCCAUCUUAAGGCUCCCUAAAAAUUCCUUUUUUUUCCAAAACUCCACCGGAAAAAUUAAUUCCUUCUGAUCAUUCUCAAUAUACAUAUAUGUAAAUGUACAUAUAUGUUGGCAAAAAAUGCCAUAUGUCAUAUAUAAUUAUUUGCAUGCGUAUUUUUUCUGAUAGGUCUUGGACUCAAUACUAAUAGAAUGUUCCUCAGAAAAAGCCACAUUACCGAGCUUCUUUAAAAUCACAAGACAACUUUAUGCAAGUAUUGUAAAUCAAGUAGCUGUAUACUGGUGAGAAAUACUUCAGAACUAAUCAUUAGAAAAAAUGUACUUAUGCUGCGGCUACAGUUAGGUCUUUUCUACAAUAAACUGAACAUAAAUACACAGAGAAAAAAAGUAGAUUUAAAAACUAGUUUCUAAAUUUUAGAAAAUCCUGUUCUAGGCUUUAUCCUUGGUAGGAUCAUAAAAAUGAAAGAAUGUGGGGAUUGUCUUUAAUAAUGAAUGUUAUUUUCUAAACUUAGAAAAAAGUUUUUAGAUUGUAGAAAACUGAUCGUUGCAAGCCCAUUUUCCAAAUUUGACAUACUAUUUUCGUGAAUUAAGACUUGUCGACUUCACUUUUCAGUAUUCUAAGAAUUUUCAAACCAUCCUCUAAGAUCACCAUUUUUAUAUUAUAAACAACCGCAAUGUAACUCAUUGUCUGAAAAUCCUCGGGCCAUAGCUAGUUGCGUCUUGUAACGAAUCACGUUCGAAUAUAAAUAUUUAUUUAUUGAUUUAUUGA